UCUCAUCAGUAGCCUAACACUUUGAUUCAGAUUUGAAGUACAUAGGUUAUUCUAUCUCCAUCGUUGAUUAUGGCAUGGCCGUGCAUCACACGGGCUUGCUGCAUUAACCGCUUCUGGAGUGAAUUAGACAAAGCGGACAUCGCCGUGCCUCUGGUUUUCACGAAAUAUUCGGAUGUGGCCGAGGUGCAACACCUCCAUCCUCAGCCUCCAUCUAGACAGAAGAGGACCGGACCUAUCACCAUAGAAACCCAACCUUCUCACAGUGAACCGGCGGCGGUGGCGGCCAAGGCACCGCCCGCGACUGGUGCCGCAUCAGGAAAACAUGGCUGUAAUGCGUCUGUGAUGCGCCAGGAUUUCAGGGAAUGGAAAGAUAUACGCCCGGAGCCCAGCUACAAACCCAAGAAUGAAUAUCACCCCUCGGCGACUCCUUUCAACAACGUAACCCAGUAUCAGAAGGAUUAUAAACCAUGGCCUGUCCCGAAAAAGGGAGACCACCCCUGGAUCCCCAAACCCAGCCCCACUGCCUCCUCCGGUGCCCAAGAAGGAGGCGUUGGGACCAAAUUGGAGCAUGCAGCCACAGAGCCCGAGAGCGGUGUGGAGAAGAGUGAAAUUGAAGAAAAGGUGCAAGAGAAAGAAUCCAUAGAGAGGAAAAAGAAACCAUUGAAGGAGAAGAGUGUAGAGAAGAAAGUGAGUGCCAAAACGGAGGGACAGCCACCAGCAGGUGGCACUGUGGAGGGGAAAGGAAGGGCAGCAGCAGACGCGCUGAACAGACAGAUAAAACAGGUCGUCUCAACUGGCACUGGCAGCUCUUAUAGGAAUGAGUUCAAGGCAUACAAAGAUGUGAAGCCAGUGAAGUUAACCAAGCCCCAGUCUCAGUACAAACCUCCUCUGGAUGAGAAGGACAAGACCAGCCUGGAGACCAGUUACAGCGCCACCUACAAGGGGGAGCAGACCAAGGUGCAGCCCACUGACAACAAGCUGCUGGAGCGCAGGAGGAUACGCAGCCUGUACAACGAGCCGGGCGGCAAGGAGACCACCAAGGUGGACAAGACAAAAACCAAACCAAAAAAGACACCAACAACAACGAGCAAAAUGGUGAAAAAGGUGAAAGAGAAGACCAUCGCUGGUGCACUGUCAACCAAGAAGAAAACCUCCACGAGCACCAAACCAGACGAGUCCAAGCCAGGAGGAGUUAUCUCAAAGAAGAGCAAAGAGAUAAGCAAUAGACUGGCUGAGGCAAAAAAGUAAAAACAAAACAUCUCUGCACUACUUAAUUUGGGGAAUUAAAGGCUGCCUAAAGAAUUAGAGAACUCUCAUCCAUUUGGUCUAUCUCUUUCUCUUUGUCUUUUCCUUCAUGUUCCUCAUCUCUGUGUAUACUCACUAGAUGUGGAGCUUUUAAGUUGACAGUAUGACAUCUUCACCAUGCCCUCCUUUAACUAUAAUGCUUUGUGUGUGUGUGUGUGCGUGUGUGUGCGUGUGUGUGUGUGUGUGUGUGUGUGUGUGUGUGUGUGUGUGUGUGUGUGUGUGUGUGUGUGUGUGUGUGUGUGUGUGUGCGCGUGUGUGUGUGUGUGUGUGUGCGUGUGUGCGCGUGUGUUUGUGUGCACGUGUGUGCGCGUGUGUGUGUGUUUGCAUGCGCGUGUGUGCGCGUGUGUGUGUGUUUGCGUGCGCGUGUGUGUGUGCUCUUCCUCACUCUGUUUAAACGUCAGCACCUUUUUUGCACAUGAUUUUGUUGCAUUUGUCAAACCUUUGUAGAAAGAAUGAUUAACCAUUCUAAAACAGAGAGACAUUGAUACACAGUGUGUGGCUCUUAAACGGCUGUUGAAGGCAGUGAGAGGUUUAGCGUUUUUUUCUGACUACCUAUCAUCAUAGUGAUGAUGGAUUCUCUAUGGUUCUUCUUUUCCAUCUCUUAGACGGCAUUGACUAUGUGGUCUCUGCAGAUAUAAAAUCUUAACUACUGUAGCGUUUCCUGGUUACAGUGACUGCGCUCUUUCGACCAAGAUUUAAUAUAAUUUAAUAUUUCAUCAUAUUCGGGAGGAUAUCUGGUUUCAUAAAUUUGGUUGCUAAGAAACCAAUUGAACUGUAAUUGCUACAGCUUGCAUGCAAGGCCCUAUUUGUGGUCACAAUCUAGCUUGUAAUUGAAAUCAUUAAUGAGAAAUCAAAUGGAGGCAAACCAUUUCCAGAAUAACUGCAUGUGUAGUCAUAGUCUGAUCUCAUACCAUAACUGUCUACACAAACAAACAAGAAAACUGUCACUGACUUACAGUACAAAAGAUAGCACUUAGUACUCUAGUGCCUAUUGAAACUGUUAUGUCAACCCACCAGCUUUGUAGUUCUGCCUUCACACACAUGGUUCUACUGCCUUCUUCAAUGUGAGAACCACUCUGUCCACUUUCCAGUUAUUUGAUACAGUAUGAAAACUGAUGUAUUUCUGAUAAUAUACCCCUAUUUAAUGAUUUGUCGUUAUUGUAGCCAUUAUAAAGCUGUGAUGCUAUUGGUGUGCAAAACCAUGUAUAAUGUAAAAAAUGAGCAUAUGUAUGAUAUAGGACAUAGGAAAACCUACUGUAUUUACUCAAUCACCUCCACUUUCUUCAAUGGGCUCAGUAGUUAGGUGUAGAAAGAUAAGGAGGGGGCCAGGAUAAGAAGAUCAAAACCACUUUUUGGAACAUGCAGCUGUCUGUCUGGAACCAUUGAUAUCACAUCUAUUCACAGUGAGUGCUACUCUGAAAUCAUCUCACCCUGUCUUUCUUAUGUCUGUGCACCUGCAGUCCGCCAGUGUGUUACAGUAUGUGGCAGUCCUCUCAUAUGCUGCUGUGUGUCUGCUACUGUCUAUUGUACCCCCAGACCACCCUGCUCUCUAGUGCCUGUCAGGGUUCAGUGUGUUAGACCUCCGCAACUCGCCGGCUCCUUGCGCCUGCCCCCCCAGUACAGUAACUAACGUGCUGAGCACACCACACCUCGGUGCUAUUACUCUCUCAUCUAUAUGCUGUCAGUUUGAUGCGAAUGUACUCAAACCGUGUGAAAUGAAGACAAUAUGAUGUCAUUUACUGCAGACGUGUUGUGAUUGUGUGCUUGUAUUCUCAGCUUGCUCUGAAUGAACUAAUUAAAAAUGUUGAAGCAGAA